AUUGUGAAGGAGUUUGCAGUAUCUUCACCAUGGCUGUUGUUCAGACAGAGCAGUCCCUGUUCUCACAGCCCUGGUCUCUGCACAUCUACAGAGGGAUGGCAUGCAAUGCACUGAUGGCUGACUCUUGGGCAGACAGGACUCCCUUGCAUGAGGCUGCAUGUCAAGGCAGACUGCUUCAACUCAGGGACCUCAUUACUGAGGGUUUCCAUGUAGAUACUCUCACUAUGGACAGAGUCUCUCCUCUCCAUGAGGCAUGUCUGGGUGGACAUUAUGCUUGUGCCAAGUUUCUACUGGACAAAGGAGCAAAUGUAAACAUCAUUUCAACAGAUGGAGCCACCCCUCUUUUCAAUGCCUGCAGCAGUGGUAAUGCAGCAUGUGUCAGAUUAAUCCUUCAGUGUACGGCCUUCAUUCACCAAGCACACCAGCUGGCCUCACCCAUACAUGAAGCUGCUAAACAAGGUCAUAGUGAGUGUCUGGAGCUGUUACUUUCCUAUGGGGCUCAUAUUGAUUUGGAGCUGCCAGUGUUGGGGACUCCUUUGUAUUGUGCCUGUCUGACCCGGGCCACAGACUGCAUCAGGACUCUGUUGCUCUUGGGGGCUGAUGUGCGACUAGGCUGUGGGCAGGACAGUCCUUUACAUGCUGCAGUGCAAGGAGGAGAAGUGGACAUUGUUGACCUGCUUCUGGACUAUGGGGCUGAUGGGAGCUGGAGGAAUGCAGAUGGGAAGACUCCUCUUGACAUUGCAAAGCCCAACAGUUCAGUGAGAAGUAAACUGCUGACAAAAGGUCCCUGCUCCUUGUCACAGCUGUGCCGCUUAUCAGUGCGCCGCAGUCUGGGGAAAAGUCGACUACACGCAGCGUCCAGCCUCUUUCUACCUCGCAGCAUCAAGGCUUUUCUGCUUUAUCACUGACAUCUCUGAACAAUUGUCUUAUUCUACACAUUGAUGAGCUUUUAUUUUCCAAGGCAAACCUCCACCAAAGAUAUUCUUUGCUCACAUAGUUAUCUUCUACCAGCUGUGUUAUUCAACAAAACAACAGCUGAACUGAGUUGAGGUGACAGCUCAGGGCAAAGGAAAAGCAGCACUGAAAAACAAAUACAUUUGUGUGACAUUUGUUUACAAAUCUGGUGUUUUUUUUCUUG